AUGUCGUAUUAUGAUCCGUAUCAGGGAGGCGGUGCACCCGGCCAGCGAUAUGUGGCACCGGGGUAUUAUGGGCAGUACUACCAGGGCGAUCAUGUGGCAAGAAAGGAGGAGCCCAGCACGUCGUAUGAACAGUAUGCGCAGUACCAGAGUGAUUUUGGAUUGAGGGGCGAUGAGACAGAGGCUAGAGAAGGGUCUCGGUCACCAGCGGAGUAUGAGCAGUAUGUACACCAACAAGGAUAUGUACAGCCUCUGAGAUUUGCACAACAGGAGUACCAACCGGAGUAUCAGCAAGAGUACCAACAGUACCAACAGUACCAGCAAUACCAACAUCCUCAACACACUCAGUAUCCUCAUCAACGCUUUCAACACCAACAAUCUCACCACCAACCACCGCACCACCAACCACCGCAUCCACAAUCACCAUACCAAUCACAUCAGAUGGAUCAAUUGGAUCAAUUAGAUCAACACCAACGUCACCUUGACCAAAGGGAUCAUCGUCAUAGAGAACGUCUCAGCCAUAGAGACCAACUUGGACAGAUGGAUCUUGAACGUCGUCUUGAACGCCUUGACUUUGAGGACCGUGAUCUCCAUGAUGAUCGUCUCGAUUUUCAAGAGGAUCACCCUUACCAGGAGGACCGUAUUGAGUAUCAAGACGGAGGGGACCGUGAUAGCCAACCAGCUACACCACUUGAGAACAUGUUUGCCCCCAGUAGUUCUGCAGCCCCAUCAAGGACUGUUUACUUGGGAAAUAUCCCCUCCGAUAUCCAGCCUAACGAGCUCUUGGAUUACGUUCGGUCUGGAAUCCUUGAGUCUGUUAAGAUUCUCCCAGCCAAAAAUUGUGCCUUCAUUUCUUUCAUUGAUCAUCAAUCAGCCUUGUUAUUCCACUCCGAUUGCAUCUUGAAGAAACUUAACAUCAAGGGCAAUGAUAUCCGGAUUGGAUGGGGUAAAAACAGUUCGAUUCUUCCUGCCGUGAUGGAACUGAUCCAGAGGGAUGGUGCCACAAGAAACGUCUAUUUAGGGAAUCUCAAUAAUCCUAUCAAUGGCGAAACCAUCACUGAAGCCGAAUUGAGAGAAGAUUUGUCUCAAUACGGAGUUAUUGAUUGUGUAAAAAUCAUCCCUGAAAAGGGUAUUGCCUUUAUUCAUUUCCUCUCGAUUUUGAGUGCCAUUCGAUGUGUGGGAAGCUUGCCACUCAAGGAGAAGUACUUGGAUAAGAAGUGCUUCUACGGUAAAGAUCGUUGCGCAUUCAUUACCAAGACUCAGCAACAUAACGCUGCUCAGUACUUGGGGUUGGCUCCAGGUAUGGAAAAUAUCGUAACUGCCGCCGAUCGUGAAUUUAUUUCAUCAGCUCUUGUGCAACAGCUGGCAGCAGCAGCUCAAAUUGCCACCCAAGCGGGAGGAGCCAACAAUUUGGGUAAUCGUACAGUUUACCUUGGUAAUCUUCAUCAAGAUUCCACUGUCGAAGAAAUUUGUAACGUUGUCCGUGGAGGACUUUUGCAAAGCAUCAGAUUCCUUAAGGAGCGUCAUGUAUGCUUCAUCACAUUUAUUGACCCGAUUGCAGCUGCUCAAUUCUUUGCUAUGUGUCAAUUGCAUGGACUUACUAUCCACAACAGACGCAUUAAAGUUGGUUGGGGUAAGCAUCUGGGCCCCCUUCUGAAUGCAUUGUCACUUGCAGUGUCAAAUGGUGCUUCGAGAAACAUCUACGUGGGAAAUAUUACCGAUUUUGAAUACUUCCACCCUCAGAAACUUCGUGAGGAUUUCUCGAAGUUUGGUGACAUUGAACAAAUCAAUUACUUACAAGAAAAGAACUGUGCCUUCAUCAACUUUGUUAACAUUGCUAAUGCCAUCAAGGCCAUUGAUGGUAUCAAAUCAUUUGAGGAUUAUAAGAACCUUAAGAUUAAUUUUGGGAAGGAUCGCUGUGGAAACCUCCCCAGACAAUUCCAACAACAACAGCAACAGCAACAACAGCAGCAACACGCUCAACAACAAACUCAACAGGCUCAAUCACGGCAAUCACAUACUCAGACCCAACCUCAGUCGCAAGCCCAAUCUCAGCAUCAGCCUCUGAAUGAGGACUCGGAAUGA